AUGCGCUCUGAACUUGGACUCUCGUUCGCUGUUUGUGAGACAGACACUUUUGAUCACAUUGUCAUUAGUGUGUUCGAGCGAUUUCAGCGUCGAAGAGAGUCUACAACACUUCUUGCAGACAUGGAAUACCUUGUUCACGGAGACGAAGUCAGGACCUGGCCGACUGGCAGAUCUAUAUUGAAAUACCAACUGGCUACCUUCUUGGGUGGUGAUGACGUCGAAAUCGAGGUUUACUCUGUGGGGUUAAGUGACCGUGAUUCAUGCAUCGCCAUCGGAUCAACAGAAGUCUCACAUCUUGUUUUUGGACAUGAAGCAACAGGUAUAAUCCGCCGGGUGGGUCAACCGGUCAAGGGUUUUACGGUUGGUGACCGCGUCAUGGCUUUGGGACAAGGACUCUUCGCCUCUGUCUUUGUGCAAUCGGAAGCCUUUUGCGUCAUAUCGCAAGUCUCACGAGAAAUCAGUCGCAUUGGACUUGCUGCGAUUCAGAUUGCGCAUUCGUUGCAGGCUAAAGUAUUUGCAACCGUCGAAAACGAUGAGCAAGCAACAUACCUAGUCCAAAUGCUUAAUGUCCAGGCGAGCAACAUAUUUGUCAUUUCUGACCUCAACUUCUCGGAAUCUGUGAGAAAAGCAACAAAUGAUGAAGGUGUAGACGUGGUGUUUAACUCAGUUUCUGUAGAGCUAAUCCAUGAAUGCUGGCUCUGUGUCGCAGAAUUCAGCGUUAUUAUCGAGACAGAAAUCCUAGGGGUCCAAGGAAAGCAGAAGUCUAUCCCUGCUCUAAAUACAAACUACAGUUAUUACCAUGUUGAUAUUGACAGCAUUCAAUCGAGCAAGCCAAAUUUUAUCAAAGAACUGCUCUUCGAUACCCAGAAUUUGUUGACGAAAAGAACGAUUCGCCUCCGCCUCCUUCAGCCCUCGAGUGUAUUUAGUGUAUUCCGUAUCCAGGACGCCUUUACUGAGCUGGAGGAUUCUUAG